CCAAAUUCCCAUUUCAAAGUAUCAGGGGGUCACGACCCAAAAAAAAAGAAGUUAUCAGGGGUUAAUUAGAGAUAUCAAAAAAGUUAAAACUAUUUGCGUAUAUGUGUAUUAUCCUAGGCUACAGGCUUACAACUAGGCAAAUCAUUUCAUUUCCAGGUUUGGUGAAAUAGUUUGCAUCGCCCUUUCCUCCGCUUCUCUCUCUCUCUCUCUCUCUUCCCCCUAAUGGCGAUCUGCUUUGCUCCUUUAUCCGCCUCAUUUUCAGGCGGCGGAUGUCAGCUGAAGGCGCGUGAGAUGUGGUGGUCCAGCAACAGUCGGGCAGAAUCAGCAAAGCUCACUACCCAAAGCCCAAGGAAAAAUAUUCAACUGCGAACCAAACGCAAUUUCGCUAUUCGUGCUGAGUACAGUGAUGAUAGUAGGGGUGGAGGUGCUGAUUUUCUUGCUGGAUUUGUCUUAGGUGGUGCUGUCUUUGGGACUUUAGCUUAUGUUUUUGCUCCACAGAUUAGAAGAUCUCUACUUAAUGAAGAUGAAUACGGAUUCCGGAAGGCCAGAAGACCAAUAUAUUAUGAUGAAGGUUUGGAGAAGACCAGGCAGACCUUGAAUGCAAAAAUAAGCCAGCUCAAUUCGGCCAUUGACAAUGUCUCUUCGCGUUUGAGAGGUGGGAACAAUGUGCCGACGGUGCCAAUUAAAAGUGAUCCUGAAGUAGAAGCAACCAUGUGAGAUUCAUUUCAGUUUCUUAUAUUGGAGGAGAGCAGCAGUUAGGUCUGUGACUGGAUUCGAUCUUAUGUCUGCUUGGUUGAGUUGGGGCUUUCUUUUGGGAGUUUUCUGCCUGCUUCUUGUGCUUAUCUCUGCAUUGUUCCCUGUUGGAAGCCUUUGUCCACCUUGUUCUGUAAUGUCAUCUUGGUAUGGUACCAAUAAAAGUUUGUUUCUUUUAAGGAACAAAAUGAAAACUUGUAAUAAUAUUUCUUGUAGGAAAAAUCUUGUCUUUCAUUCUCCAAAUCCCUUUGUUUUCCCGGAUGAAA